UGAAAAAAUAAUUUUGGUUUUACCCACUACAUGCACUAAUUCUUAUGAAACAAGUCUUUUCUCGGCAGCAUUUUCACUGGCAUUUCAUGGUUUAUUUCGUGUCGGUGAAUUGACUGUUCACUGUAAAAUUCCGAACAAUAUUGUACUUGGUAUGGAAAAUCUAACUCUAGACCCUGAUAAACAGCUAUUGUUAAUCAAUCUCAAACAUUCCAAGACUGACCAGGUAGGAAAAGGUACCAUUUUGCAAAUUGGUAAAUCUGAGGGAGUUGGGUGUCCAUUCAAGCUUGUUGAGAAAUAUUUAAGUGUUCGCCCAUUGACUGCAGGGCCUCUUUUUUGUCACUUUGAUAAGACCCCGCUCACAAGGUACCAGUUUACGGCAGUACUCUCAAAAGCAAUAGUUCGUCUUAAGUUACCGGAGAACACAAGAUACAAAUCUCAUUCUUUUCGGAUUGGAGCUAGCACUGAAUUGGCAUUGCAAGGUUUUUCUGCGGAAACAAUUCAGAAAUGUGGAAGAUGGAAAUCUUCGUGUUACAAGUCAUACAUUCGCAUACCAAAAUUCUAACUCAUAGGCUUUGCUUAUCUAUUGUAGAUAAACAAAAAGUGUGGUUAGUGGGGUCCUCAAUACUGAAGCAUGCUCAAUUAGAAGCAUUUUUAAGACCUGGAGGUCUUCACCUGAACCUGAAAAGGCUAAAUAUUUCAUUAUGGUGGCAGGGGUACAGUGGCCUGAAAUUGUCUCAAGUAGAGCAGAAGCUUAAAACCCUUGCAAAGGUGGGUCCUGCACCUAAUGUCAUUUUAAUACACUGUGGGGGAAAUGACUUAGGGGAGACUUCUAUUAGAAAACUCAGGCUAGUUUGCAUGAAGCUUUUUCAAUUUAUUCAAACCAACUUCCCACAUUCUAAGGUCAUUUGGUCUUGCAUCCUUCCACGCAUACAAUGGCGUUAUUCUCAAAACUCUCGUGCUAUGGAAUCACAACGUAAACGCCUUAAUUCUUGUGCAUCCAGGUUAGCCUUGCGGUAUGACGGCGCAAUUAUCCGCCAUCCUGAUAUAAAGCGUGACUCCUUGUUCUUCUGUGAUGGAGUACACUUGUCAAAAUUGGCUAAUGCUGUUUUUCUAAAUACUCUUCAGGGGGGUCUUGAGGCUAUCUUAACAAAAGGGCAUGCUUGUUAUCCGGCUUAGCAAGCUUACCCUAGGGCACGGUUGUAAGUUAAAUCCGCUCAUACCCCCACCCAUAUGGUGGCGGAGUUCCCAAUCUCUAAAGCUCCAUAGCUGCUUUCGAGUUUGGGAACUUAUGGCGUGAAUGAGCGGCGCUGGUCAUUUCAGACUAGUGCAUGUAUUAUUAUGUGGACAUCGACCCCUGCACCUCCCAAGGGUCAAUCGUAAAUUCUUGACUUCUGCACCUCCCAGAGUCAAGGUAUUAAACCUGUGAACUUUGAACUUUGAGUGAACUUUGAAUGAACUUUGAACUUUGUUUGAAUUUGUUGAAUUAUGUUAACUACAUGUAUGAUGUUACUUGAUGUGUUGAAUUUUGAAAUUUGGGGCAUGCCCUUUGUCAUGUAUGGCGGCCCAUUACCCUUAAACAGCCGUGCCCAAUCAU